GUGGGAUUGCGGACGUAGGAGCCAGGCCGGCAGCAGCUCAGGACUGGAGUCGCGCUCCGAGCGCACUGCCGUCAAAUCCUUGCCGCUGCCCCUGGCUGUCGCCUCCCAAGAAAAGUCGUGGGACCAUGUCGAAUAUGGAGAAACACCUAUUUAACUUGAAGUUUGCUGCAAAAGAACUUAAUAGGAAUGCCAAGAAAUGUGAUAAAGAAGAAAAGGCUGAAAAGGCCAAGAUUAAAAAGGCCAUUCAGAAAGGCAAUACAGAAGUUGCAAGAAUACAUGCUGAAAAUGCAAUCCGCCAGAAGAACCAAACAAUUAAUUUCUUGAGAAUGAGUGCUAGGGUUGAUGCUGUGGCAGCCAGAGUUCAAACUGCAGUAACAAUGGGCAAGGUAACCAAGUCCAUGGCAGGUGUAGUUAAGUCUAUGGAUGCUACAUUGAGGAGUAUGAACCUUGAAAAGAUUUCUGCCCUGAUGGACAAAUUUGAACAGCAGUUUGAAACACUGGAUGUUCAAACGCAACAAAUGGAAGACACAAUGAGUAGUACUACAACCCUAACAACACCACAAAACCAGGUGGAUAUGCUGCUUCAAGAAAUGGCAGAUGAAGCUGGCCUUGAUCUCAGUAUGGAACUACCACAAGGUCAAACAGGUUCUUUUGGCACAAGUGUUACUUCCAUGGAACAGGAUGAACUAUCACAGAGACUUGCUCGUCUACGUGAUCAAGUGUAACUUAAAGAACUGGCGCUUUUGUUUACUUCACUGGCUCCUGAAAUAUUUUGUGUGUAUGUAUAGAUAAGUUUCACUCCAAUUACACUAAGAAUGCCAUACAUUACAGAAUGCUUAACACUAUUUGUAUAUAAUGCUUUCUUUUACCUUGCUGUACUUUCCAGUACUUUAAUUCCAGAGAGUUUCCACCUUGACAGAUUUUACAGUUUUGUAUAUUAUGUUGAAAAGUGCGAGAGACGGUUUUUUGUAGGUGUUUUAGGCUGAGCUAGCAUUAACUUGUUGUAUAUGAAAUAUCUUCCUCAAAAAUUACAUUAAAAAAUCUAGGACCAAAGUGCUACAGAAUAAGUACUUUAUACAGAAUAAAGUAUAGAAUAAAAGUUUUGAUUUUUUUUUAA